AUGGAUACUGAUCAAGUUGAAAUGAAAGUAACUAAUCCUUCUUCAUCUGUUACCUCAUCGAUUGGUUUACUUACACAUGGACCAAUUCCUUAUAUACGUUUAUCCAAUCAAAAUAUUGAUCAAGUGGAAAGUAAACAUACUACUAACAAUACAUCUAGUAGUCAUUAUACAAAUAAAACUAUUUCAAAUCAUUCUUUAACUGAUGGAUAUAUUAAUGCAAAUUUACUUCAAGAUCCUGUUGAUGCAGAAGUUGAAGCAAUGGCUAAUGUACAGAAUCUACAAAGUGAACGUGAUCUAAUUGAUGAUGAUUAUUUCUGGGAUUCUGAUACUGGCAAUAAUGAGGAUAAGCAAACAAAAGAAUUCUACUAG